GCCGGGCCUUUCGGUACCCGCGGCGUUCUCGGCAGCUUCCCUCUUCUCUCCCCGCCCCUGGGCCUCCGCACUGACGCCGUCCGGGCGGGAGCCGAGCCGGAGUCGGAGUCGGAGCCGGAGCCGCAGAGACGUGGAAACAUGGAGGCCUGAGUCGGUGUGCGCCAACCCGGCUGCGGCGGCGACCGCGGCUUGUUCUGUCCCCUCUGCCACGCGUUCGUCCGUCCGUGAGCUGGAAGCGGAUCCCCCCGCCGGCUGAGACAGGUUGUCUUGUGGAAAUGAAGGUUUAAGGACAAGUUAUCUACCAGAUUAAAAGAUGGGAUCGAAUAGCAGCAGAAUUGGUGAUCUUCCUAAAAAUGAGUACUUAAAAAAGUUAUCAGGCACAGAAUCUGUCUCUGAGAAUGACCCGUUCUGGAAUCAGCUACUGUCAUUUUCUUUCCCUGCACCAACUAGCAGUACCGAGUUGAAGCUCUUGGAGGAGGCAACCAUUUCAGUCUGCAGGUCUUUAGUUGAAAACAAUCCUCGAACAGGAAACCUUGGUGCACUAAUUAAGGUCUUCCUGUCUAGAACCAAAGAACUAAAACUUUCAGCAGAAUGUCAGAACCACAUCUUCAUUUGGCAGACACACAAUGCUUUGUUUAUUAUUUGCUGUUUGCUGAAAGUGUUCAUUUGUGAGAUGUCAGAGGAAGAGUUACAACUUCAUUUUACUUAUGAAGAAAAAUCUCCUGGCAGUUACAGUUCUGACUCAGAAGAUCUUUUGGAAGAAUUGCUGUGCUGUUUGAUGCAGUUAAUCACUGAUAUUCCACUCUUAGAUAUUACAUAUGAAAUAUCAGUAGAAGCUGUGUCAACAAUGGUGGUUUUCCUUUCCUGCCAACUCUUCCACAAGGAAGUUUUGCGACAGAGCAUCAGUCACAAGUACUUGAUGCGAGGUCGAUGCCUCCCAUAUACCAGCAAACUGGUAAAGACCUUGUUGUAUAACUUCAUCAGGCAAGAAAAGCCGCCUCCUCCAGGAGCACACGUUUUCCCUCAGCAGUCAGAUGGGGGAGGGCUGCUGUAUGGACUGGCAUCAGGAGUAGCAACUGGACUCUGGACUGUUUUCACACUGGGCGGUGUGGGCAGCAAAGCGGCCGCUGCUCCAGAAGUUUCUUCCCCUCUGGCCAACCAGAGUCUCCUGCUUCUGCUGGUGCUGGCCAACCUGACAGAUGCUGCAGAUGCACCAAACCCCUACAGACAGGCCAUCAUGUCCUUUAAGAAUACACAAGAUAGCAGUCCUUUCCCCUCGUCAAUUUCACAUGCUUUCCAGAUUAACUUUAACAGUUUGUAUAUGGCCCUAUGUGAACAGCAGACAUCUGAUCAAGCAACUCUCCUCCUGUAUACAUUGCUCCAUCAGAAUAGUAAUAUUAGAACAUACAUGUUGGCUCGCACAGAUAUGGAAAAUCUUGUUUUACCGAUUCUCGAGAUUCUGUAUCAUGUGGAAGAAAGAAAUUCACACCAUGUCUAUAUGGCCCUUAUAGUAUUGUUGAUCCUUACAGAAGAUGAUGGCUUCAAUAGAUCCAUUCACGAAGUGAUGUUAAAAAAUAUUACUUGGUAUUCAGAACGGGUUUUAACUGAAAUUUCACUGGGGAGUCUCCUGAUACUGGUUGUAAUAAGAACUAUUCAGUACAACAUGACAAGGACAAGAGACAAGUACCUUCACACAAAUUGUUUGGCAGCUUUAGCAAAUAUGUCGGCACAGUUUCGUUCUCUCCAUCAGUAUGCUGCCCAGAGGAUCAUCAGUUAUACCUGCCGCCACUUGCGGAGAUAUGUUUAUGUGUUGGACAAACUGUAUUUCCCCCACUCUCACUGUUCUACGCUUCAACAUUGCUUCUCGACCCUCAGUGACAAUGGAGAGGAACUCUUGUCUUUAACUUGCUCUCACAUUCUCAGAUCCUAUGCUUCCAGCUUGUUUUCCUUGCUGUCUAAAAAACACAACAAAGUUCUGGAACAAGCCACACAGUCCUUGAGAGGUUCGCUGAGUUCCAGUGAUGUUCCUCUACCAGAUUAUGCACAAGACCUAAAUGUCAUCGAAGAAGUGAUUCGAAUGAUGUUAGAGAUCAUCAACUCCUGCCUGACAAAUUCUCUUCAUCACAAUCCAAACUUGGUGUAUGCACUUCUUUACAAACGAGAUCUCUUUGAACAAUUUCGAACGCAUCCUUCAUUUCAGGAUAUCAUGCAAAAUAUUGAUCUGGUGAUCACCUUCUUUAGCUCGAGGUUGCUACAAGCUGGAGCUGAGCUGUCAGUGGAACGGGUCCUGGAAAUCAUCAAGCAAGGGGUCGUCGCACUGCCCAAGGACAGGCUGAAGAAAUUUCCAGAACUGAAAUUCAAAUAUGUGGAAGAGGAGCAGCCCGAGGAGUUUUUUAUCCCCUAUGUCUGGUCCCUGGUGUACAACUCAGCGGUAGGCCUGUACUGGAACCCGCAGGACAUCCAGCUGUUCACGAUGGAUUCCGACUGAGGACGGGACGCCGUCUCCCACCCUGACCCCCUCCAGCCAAGCAGCCCUUCUAGUUAUUUUCUUUCUGGGGAACAGAGGUAGACAGAUUCCCUGGUGCGUCUUCUAUUAAAGAGGAUCACACAGGCGUGUUUCCCUUGCACACUUGGGUUUGGAGAAUUGGUGCCAGUUGGCAGUAGAUCACUCAGUUUAGAUUAUAGUGCAAAAAAGGGGAGGGGAGUUACACACCAAUAAUAAAUGUAAAAACCUGCUA